UCGAAAGUAACCUAAAUAUUGCGUUUGUCUCGUGACAUAUAUCUAAAAUAUACGAAAUAUUGGUUUUUUGAAGAAAGAAAAAUGUUUGUUAUUUGUGCGGAAGUAUGUUAAAAAUACUCUUACAUCGCAAGAAUCAAGUUUAGCGCAAUGGGUCAAACAUUAUCAGAACCAGUAACAGCCAAAGACACCGCUUGCUGCCAAGAUUCCACCUUUAGAGUGGGCUCUAGCUGUAUGCAAGGAUGGAGAAUAAAUAUGGAAGAUUCCCACACUCAUAUCCUGUCAUUACCUGAUGAUCCAGGAACAGCGUUUUUUGCUGUCUAUGAUGGGCAUGGAGGAGCCAAGAUAGCGGAGUAUGCCGGAAAACACUUGCAUAAAUACAUCAUAAACCGAAAUGAGUAUAAAGAAGGCAACAUAGCGGAUGCUAUACGACAGGGAUUUUUGGAGUUAGAUGAUGUUAUGUUAGAAGAGGAUAGCCUCAAGAAUGAACCCUCAGGUACCACCGCUGUAACUAUUAUAAUUAAAGGUGAUAAACUUUACUGUGGUAAUGUGGGAGAUUCCCGAGCAGUGGCCAGUGUUAAUGGUAAGGCUGAACCUUUGUCAAAAGAUCAUAAACCUAGUAACCAAGAGGAAUAUGAUCGCAUUACCGCGGCUGGCGGAUGGGUCGAUUGUAACAGAGUUAAUGGAAAUUUGGCCCUUUCUCGGGCACUUGGCGACUUUGUUUUUAAAAGAAAUUCCGAAAAGGGCCCUGAGGAACAGAUAGUAACAGCUUACCCUGACGUUGAAGAGAGAACUUUAACUCCCGAUUGGGAAUUCAUAGUGUUGGCAUGUGAUGGUAUUUGGGAUGUUAUGAGUAACAAAGAAGUUAUCUCUUAUGUUCGAGAAAACAUUGCCAACGGUCUAGAACCAGAGGAGAUUUGUGAGAAUCUUAUGAUGCGCUGCCUUGCGCCAGACUGUCAGAUGGCCGGUUUGGGAUGCGAUAACAUGACGGUUGUAAUUGUUGGCCUGCUCCAUGGUGAUACUUACGAGAAACUUCAAGAAAAGUGUAAAAAGCCAGUUGAGGAUGAUGAGGGGGAAAAAUUUAAGGAAGAGCUUACCGCUGAAGACUAUUUCUAACUUACAAAUUGUAAAUAAAUCGUAUUGUGUUCUAUUCUGUAAAUAAAAUUGUAUAUAAUACUUUUUACAUA